AUGCCAUAAAUGCAAUCAAAAAUAAUGCUUCGUUAAAUGUGUAAAACUUCUAAAUUGCUGUGGGAACAAACUCUAAUUCUCCAAACCUUAGAAGUUCUGCAAACUUUGAUUAUUGAAUAUUAAAUUCAAAUCUUAUAUUUGAUUGUCUCUUAAAUUUAUAAAUAUAGAGGCUUGAGAAAAAUUUAUAAAGGAACCUAAUAGAUUAUUGUCAAAAAUAUUGUUAUUUUCUCGGUUUCUUUUCAGGAACAGAAAUACAGAAUUUGCGUACCAAUCAGUCAAGCCACAUCUUAAUCUAAUUGUUGCUCAACUAUUAAGAUAGUUGGCAUAGUGGCUUCAAUGCCAUUAACUUUUAUGAGAAGAAAAUGCAAAUAGUAGUUAACUAUAGUUACAACAAGAUUAAUAAAUGAUUUAUAGAGAUAACUAGAGAAAGAAGGCUUGUUUUGGUGUUAUAGAGUAUAAAUUAAGGUUUAUGAAGAGUGUUGUUGCUGCAGUUUUGGAAGAGAAUUUAUAGAAAUUUAGAGAAUUUUAGUAGUAUAUUUACAAAAGGUUAGGACUCUAAGAAACUCUAUUUUUUAGUAAUAAUAUGUCGAUCGAGUGCAGCAGUAUUAGCUAUUUUGAUUCUAUAUCCAUUUGAUAACCUAAGAAUAAAAUAUUGGGCCUAAAACUAAAGACGAUAUCAUUAACUGAAGGUCUGGAAGAAUUUUAUUAAAGCUAUUUACCAUGAUUAAUCAAAAAUUUAUCUAAUUUGAAAUUCUGUGGAGGGUAUAUGAACAACUAGCUUGAAAACAGAGGUUGAAAAACAUGGAUCUAUGAGUGAUUUAGGAACUUAGGAUAGAUAUUUUAUAUAUUUUAUUUUGUUUCA